AUUUUGCAAUAUUUAAUUUUAUGAAUAAUCGAGAAGAGGAGAAACAGACCCAAUAAGGAGACGAUACAGCUAAUAAUAACGAUGAGGAAUAGAGAAAAUAAUAUUUAUAGGAUUUGUAAAAACGAGUAAAAGAAUCUAGAAAACAACCUGAUUGCUUUGAAUGCUGUUUUGCAUAUUGGUUAUUUAUCUUAUUAGGAUUUGUGUUUAGACAACUCUUCUAAAAAAAAGUAGAUGAAACACCUGAGGGCUGCGAUUUCAUUGGAUUAAUUAUAUCAAUACUUUUGAUUGUGUUUUCAUUGUCUGCUUUUUGCAGAUUUAUAGAUGGCUUUUGCAUUUUAAUACCUUGCAAAAAUACUAGUUGCUUUCAUUUAUCUUUAAGAUUCCACGAUCUCAACAACCUUAUCAAUUUUUAGACAUGCAAAUGGGGUUUAAUUAUAUUGACCAUCAUAUGGCUACUCAAUUAUAGCUGCAUUGUAUUUUGGCCGAUGUUUAUCUUCCUAUUGAUAACUUGGAUAUUGGUAUUAGUAUGGAAGGCAAUGGAAAAUGAAUGAUAGAUUUAUUGAAUAAUAAUUUUAAAACCAAAAAGAAGCAAAAACGAUUUUUAAUAA